GCAGUUUGUUUUUGAAAGCGGCGGCGACUGAGCACGCUUAACCUCCGUUAAUUAAUUGAUUACAACAAAAAAUAACGCUAAUCGUGUUUACCAAAAAAGGACAUUUCGUUUAUUCUGAUUUGCAUUAAUAAAGUUAACAAAAACAUUAGCAACAGCUGUUUGGCUAUUGUUUAUUUAGUUAAAAAGUAAUUCAAUAAAAAACAACAACAGUGAAGAACUCUUCCCCCCACCACCCGCGUACUGUGGAAGGGACAGAGAAAGAGAACAAAAGGAAGGCAGGGCCCAGGCACAAGGAGAGCAUAAAGCAGAAACAGAACAUUUGAAAGAGAAUCGAGAGAAUGACGGACGAAUGCAUAACCAGAAACUUUAGUCUUCUCAAUAGAAGCAACAGCGGUGGCAGCAGCAAUGGACAAACCAAGAGCAAUCGCAGCAGCAUUAUUGAUAACACUGACGCCAAGGGCUGUAUGGAAGGAAGCAGUGGUGGUGCAACAGGAACGGGAAGUGGUGUGCCAUCCUCAAUAAAUAAAUAUGUAGCCCGAAUGCCAGUGGAUCGUUAUGCCAGCGAAUAUAACAUGAACCACAAAUAUCGCGGUCAGGCUAUAAUCUUUAAUCAUGAGUUUUUCGAUAUACCCUCGCUAAAAUCAAGAGCUGGAACUAAUGUUGAUGCCGAGGAACUGCGCAAAGCUCUCAAGAGUCUGGGGUUUGAUGUUUCAGUGCAUAAGGACUGCAAAUUGAGAGAUAUUUUGAAAUAUAUCGAUAAAGCCGCCUCACUGGAUCAUACGGAUAAUGAUUGCAUAGCCAUUGCCAUUUUGUCUCAUGGCGAACAUGGCUAUAUUUAUGCCAAAGAUGUGCAAUAUAAACUGGAUGCCAUUUGGCACUAUUUCACAGCGCAUAUUUGCCCCACGUUGGCCGGCAAACCGAAGUUGUUCUUUAUACAGGCCUGUCAAGGCGACCGUUUGGAUGCGGGCGUGAUGCUGGAGAAAAACGGGGUUACUGAAACGGACGGCGAGUCGUCAAUGAGCUAUAAGAUCCCCAUACAUGCCGACUUCCUCUUUUCAUAUUCAACGAUACCAGGCUACUUCUCCUGGCGCAAUACAACGAAUGGAUCUUGGUAUAUGCAAUCGCUUAUCCAAGAGUUAAACACAAAUGGUAAAAAGUAUGACAUUCUCACUCUGCUCACUUUUGUUAGUCAACGUGUGGCUAUUGAUUUUGAAUCGAACGUGCCCUCUACACCUUUAAUGGAUCGGCAGAAGCAAAUACCCUGCGUCACUUCCAUGCUAACGCGCAUAUUGCGUUUCACAGAUAAACCUAGUGGCAAUAAAGCUGGCUAGGUAUCACCAUCAUCGCUAUCAUCGACCAUUCAUCCAUUCCCGCUCCCAUCAUAUUCUUCCAAUGAUUUACAUAUACAUAUAUAUCUGGAUUAAAUUUGCUUCGCUUUAAUUUAGUUAAUGACUUAUCUUGAGACUUAUUCAACAUUAUGUGAAAUGUUAUUGUUGACAAAAUUCAUUCUUUCUCAUAUCUCAAUCGCCACAAAUUUAGUUUAUAAGACCAAGAAAAUGCCCUGAAGAGAUGCAUUUAUAUAUAUAUACACAGACUUAUAUAUACAUAUACAUAUAUAAGAACAAAUUUGAUAAGAAAAAUAAAAAUCUGAAUACAAUUUUGAA